GGUGCACAUUAGCACGUGUUAUUACGGUAUGUGGCUCGAGAAAUUUUGUAACGCUUCCGUAAACUUUGUUGAUGACAAGUAUUAUAUUCAUUAUAAUAUAUCAGGAAUCUGUACAGAAUGAUUUAAUGAAGUCAUCAUCUCUGGUAUUACAAACAACGGUGAUUGGUUCGUAAGCUCCGCCCUCUCUGUCAUUCGUAUGUUUUUCAUGAACACGUUGAGAAUCGCGUGCGCUGCUGUGUGUUUUACUUCUGCUGCAAAAAUCACAAUGAGCAACUUUAAAUUUAUAGAUAUUGGUAUUAAUCUUACCGACCCCAUGUUCAGAGGCAUCUACAGAGGAACUCAGAAACAUGAAGAUGAUUUUCCACAGAUCAUUGAGAGAGCACUGAAAGUCGGGUUGAAUAAGUUUAUCAUCACCGGAGGAAACCUGCAGGACAGCAAAGAAGCCGUCAGACUCGCAGAGACCAGAGGUGUAGUGUUGAUGUGUACAGGUGAGUUUUACAGUACCGUUGGAUGUCACCCGACCCGCUGCAGUGAGUUUGAAGAUCAGGCUUCAGAUCAGUACCUGGCAAGCCUCAGAGAUGUGAUCAUUAAUAACAGACAGAAGGUGAUUGCUGUAGGAGAGUGUGGUCUCGAUUUUGAUCGGUUGGAGUUUUGUCCUAAAGAAACUCAACUAAAAUACUUUGAGAAACAGUUUGAUUUGGCAGAAGAGAGCAGAUUACCCAUGUUCCUCCACUGCAGAAAUGCCCACCAGGAAUUCUUGGACAUUAUGAAGAGGAACAGAGACAGAUGUGUUGGUGGAGUGGUUCAUUCAUUUGAUGGCAGUCAGGAGGACGCCGCAGCUCUUAUUGAUCUCGAUCUUUAUAUUGGAAUUAAUGGCUGUUCUUUAAAGACUGCAGAAAAUCUGGAGGUGAUGAAGUCCAUCCCGGCAGACAGACUGAUGAUUGAAACAGACGCUCCGUGGUGUGGCAUCAAAAACACUCACGCGGGAGCAAAACUCAUCAAAACCACGUUUCCUACAAAGAAGAAAUGGGAGGCGGGACAUUGUUUAAAAGACAGAAAUGAGCCGUGUCACAUAAUUCAAGUUCUGGAGGUGAUGGCCGCUGUAAGAGAUGAAGAUCCACAGGAACUCGCUGAUAUCAUCUACAACAACACCAUGAGACUGUUCUUCAACCAUAGCACAUGAUCACAUCUGCUGUCAAAGACUUUCAUUUUAAUAAAAAUCACAAGAAUUCA